GUCGAGUUGAAGCCUUACAACCAUCAAGUGGGAGGCCACAGCACUGUUUACAGUUUCUCUCGUCAGGCUGUGUGCAAGCAGCUGAACAGUAAAGAGAAUGAAUUCUACGAAACUGUUGAACAGUACCAUCCAGAUUUACUUGAGUUUCUCCCGAGGUAUAUUGGCGUCCUCAAUGUCAACCCUGGACGCAUUGCACAUUUUAUCCUGUUGGAAGAUCUCACAGCUGGCAUGGUACACCCGUGCGUACUUGAUCUCAAGAUGGGUACUCGUCAGUACGGUAUUUUUGCCAACGAGAAAAAGCAAAAGUCUCAGGGACGCAAGUGCAAAAUGACUACUUCUCGCGAGCUUGGCGUUCGCGUGUGUGGUAUGCAAGUCUGGAACAUCAAGACUCAAUCCAACAUCUUCGAGGACAAAUACUUUGGUCGUGAUCUCAAAGCAGGCAGUGAGUUCCAGGCCGCGUUGACACGCUUCUUCUUUGAUGGAGUAAGCCAUGGCAGAGCACUCAAGCACAUUCCUCUUGUUCUGGAGAAGAUCACUCAGCUCGAGCGCAUCGUCCGGAAACUACCUGGAUACCGUUUGUAUGCAAGCUCGCUCUUGAUGAUCUAUGAC